AUGGGCACGCCACCAUCGGAAAACGACACAGCAAUGUCGUCGAAACCAGAAGCCCUACAGCAAGAGCAGAAACAACCAGAUGGCAAGAUCGGCAUACGAGAACGCCUGAAGCACUUUACGUUCGCCUGGUUCCUCUCCACAAUGAGUACGGGGGGUCUGGCUCUAGCCCUCGCCGAUACACCGCAUCAAUUCCCUGGCCUCUACCACAUCGGUCUAACCAUGUUCUUCGCCAACAUACUACUCUUCCUAGUGCUCUGCACCUGCACAGUCCUGCGGCUCAUCCACCAUCCCACACACUUUGCAUCCUCGUUCUUGCACCCACAAGAAUCCCUCUUCCUAGGCUCCUUCUGGCUCUCUCUGAGUGUGAUCCUGGCUGGCAUCCAAACCUAUGGUAUCACGCACGGUCCUUCUUCUUCUUCACCCUACCCUUGGCUUGUCGACGCUGUGCACGUCUUGUAUUGGAUAUACGCUGCUUUGUCUCUGGCGAAUAGCAUAUUCCAGUACUGGAUCCUUAUUGCGUAUAGUAAGCUAAGGCCGGUGCCGUACUUGCCUAGUAUCUUCCUAGCGGGGUAUUCAGCCAUGUUGACGGGCACGGUGGCAAGUAUGGUUGCGGGCACGCAGCCGGCCCAUCGCGUCAUGGGGGUCCUGGUGAGUGGGAUUGCGUAUCAGGGGUUUGGAUGGUGUAUCAGCUUCAUUGCUGUUGUGUCGUAUGUGAGGAAUAUGUUGGAUCAUGGGUUUCCUUCUGCACAAUUGCGUCCGGGUUUGUUUAUUCCCGUGGGGAGUUGUGCGUAUACGAUUGUUGCGUUGAUUGGUCUCGCAAAUGCGGUUUCUGAGGAUGCAAGUUACUUUGUGAGACAUCCUGCUGCGCCGGAGAUACUACGCGUCCUAGCGUUAUUUACAGGUAUCUUCCUGUAUGUGUUUGCUUUCUGGCUUUUUGCCAUUGCGCUUUUGGGGAAUGUCGGUGUUGUGGGUAAGAUGCCAUUUAGUCUGACGUGGUGGGCUUUCAUAUUCCCGAAUGUGGGGUUCACGCUUAGUACAAGUGUGUUGGGUAGAGAGCUGGAGAGUGAUGGCAUACUGUGGGUAGCGAGUGUGAUGACCGCUCUACUGGUAGUGAUCUGGUUGGUGACGGUCGUGGGAUGUGUCAAGGCUGUUUGGAAGAGAGAGAUUGUCUGGCCAGGGAGGGACGAGGAUAAGAAUCGUUGA